AUGUCUCGUCAGUCUGUCUGCAUGAGCUUUGGAGUUGGGGGGAGAAAGGGAUUCAGCUCCUGCUCUGCUGUCGGUGGUGGAUUUGGAGGCGGUGGUGGCCGGAGCAAGAUCAGCUACAGCUCGUACUCCUCAUCCCGGGGAGGAAGCGGAGGAGGACACUGUGGGGGGUUCAGUAGCCGGAGCCUCCAUAGCAUGGGGGGCAGCAGAAGGAUUGCCAUGGGCGGAUGUUAUGGUGGUGGUGGAUACGGUGGCAGGAUGGGUGGCUUUGGUGGAGGAAUGAGCUGUGGAGGGAUGGGUGGUGGUGGAAUGGGUGGUGGAGGAAUGGGAAUGGGUGGCUUUGGUGGUGGAAUGGGUGGUGGAAUGGGUGGCUUUGGUGGUGGAAUGGGCAGUGGGGGAAUGGGUGGAAUGGGUGGCUUUGGUGGUCCAGGCUUCUCUGGAGGCAUCCAGCCGGUGCAAGUUGACCCCAGCCUCUUGCGUCCGGUCCACGUUGAGAUUGACCCCCAGAUCCAGCAAGUCAAAAACCAGGAGAAGGAGCAGAUCAAGACCCUGAACAACCAGUUUGCCUCCUUCAUCGACAAGGUCCGAUUCCUGGAGCAGCAGAACAAGGUGCUCUCCACCAAGUGGGAGCUGCUCCAGCAGCAAGGGCCAUCGGGGCCCAGGAAGAACCUGGAUGUGAUCUUUGAGAACUACAUCCAGAACCUGCGGAGGCAGCUGGAAUCAAUCCUGGCACAGCGGGGCCAGCUGGAAUCGGAGCUGCAGAACAUGAGGCAGUACGUGGAGGAGUUCAAAACCAAGUAUGAGGAGGAGAUCAACCGUCGCACGGCUGCUGAGAACGAGUUUGUGGUGCUGAAGAAGGAUGUGGACUGUGCCUACAUGACCAAAGUUGAGCUGGAAGCCAAGGUGGGAGCUCUGACAGACGAAAUCAACUUCCUGAGGUGCAUCUACGAGGAGGAGCUGGCUCAGAUGCAGACAAUCAGCCGGGACCUGUCUGUGGUGGUGUCCAUGGACAACAACCGGCACCUGGACCUGGACAGCAUCAUCGAGGAGGUCCGACGCCAGUACGAGCAGAUUGCCCAGAGCAGCCGGGCUGAGGCCGAGGCCUGGUACCAGAGCCGGUACGAAGAGCUCCAGAACACUGCUGGAAAACACGGAGACAGCCUCCGCAACACCAAGAUUGAGAUCCAGGAGCUGACCAGGAAUGUCCAGAGGCUGCGGGCUGAGAUUGAGAACGUGAAGAAGCAGAACCAGCAGCUUCAGGCAGCCAUCGCUGAGGCUGAGGAGAGGGGAGAGAUGGCCAUCAAGGAUGCCAGGAGGAAGCUUGAAGAGCUGGAAUGUGCCCUGAACAAGGACAAGGAGGAGCUGGCUCGCCUGCUGAAGGAGUACCAGGAGCUGCUGAACACCAAAAUUGCACUGGAUGUUGAGAUUGCCAUGUACAGGAAGCUCCUGGAGGGGGAGGAGAACAGGCUGUGCAACGACAGCAUGUCCAACGUCAAUGUCUCUGUGGUAGGCAGGACGACCGUCUCUGGAGGCAGAGGAGGCAUGGGAGGAGGAUUUGGAGGCAGCGGCAUGGGAGGAGGAUUCGGAGGCGGCAGCUGUGGAAUGGGAGGAGGAUUCGGAGGCGGCAGCGGCAUGGGAGGAGGAAUGGGAGGAGGCGGCAUCUGCGGAGGAGGCAGCGGCUUUGGAGGAGGCAGCAUGGGCGGCAGCUGUGGGAUGGGGGGAGGAAUGUACUCCGGCGGCUUCUCCUCUGGAAGCGGAAGGAUGUGCGGCUCUGGCGGGGGAUCCUCCUCCGUGCGGAGAUGCGUCACCACCACCUCGGUCAAAUCUUCGGGAGUGAGAUUCUGAGCCCCGAAGGUUGACAAGGAAAGAAGCACCUCCUCUCUCCCCCUGGCAGCAGCCCAGCCUCCCGAAGCCCAGCUCUGGUGUCCUGCAAUGGGAUGAACUGUGUCCCUCCCACCCAGCUUGUCCCAGGUCCUGGUCCCCCGCGGCGGUUCGGUGGCGAUGCCGCGGGUGUCCCGGCACCGGGAGCUGCCCGACAGGAGGGGCUGCUCUGCCUUCCUUGCUGUAUUGUACAUUUCUUUUGGCAAAUGUGUAUAAAACUCCUCUUUCCUCCUGUUCUG